AAAGAAAGGGGAUCAAAUAAAAAAAACAGAAAAGCAGAAUGGUUUGACAGAGGAGGAAAGCUGUGGAUUUAUUUCUUGUCGGGGGUGUGAGGAGUUUCAAGGUGAGCGGGCUUUCAUAUUCCUGCCAACAUGGUGGACCUGUUCCUGAACCGAGUUCUUGUGGAGAACAACUCAGAUCAGGAUGAACUCAACACGGAGCGCGAGAUCAUCGGGAUCCUUGAAAACCGCAUCCUAAUGUUGUUCUUUGCAUCAGCUGACUGUGAGAGAUGCCAAAAGUUUGUGCCUGUUCUCAACAGCUUCUUUAAGAAGCUGAAAGAUCCAGCUUACAUCGAAUAUCCCAAACUCCUCGCUCUCAUUUACAUCAGUUUGGAUCAAUCUGUGCAGCAGCAGGAGAAAAUUCUCAAAGAGCUCAACAAAAGGACUUUAUUCUUGGCAUUUGAGGAUCAAUAUAGAGAGGAAUUGCAGGUCAUGUUUAAGGUGAAGGAUAUCCCUGCAGUGGUGGUGCUGCGUCCAGAUGGCUCUGUCCUGUCUCAGAAUGCUGUGCAGGACAUCUAUCGCCUUGGUACUGACUGCUUUCGUAACUGGCAGGAGUCAGCCGAGCUGGUGGAGAGGACCUUUAUGUUCAACGAGGAGUUUGAUGAUCCUAACCUGAGGAGCGCCACAGACCCUGUAAGGAGACUGAAGUACAAGACUGAGGAUGACAAGAGGAAGACGAGAUGGUGGAAGAUAUGGGUGAAGGGAAAGGAUGGAAAGAAUGAGGAGGAAAUGGAUGAAACAUGGGACAUGAAAAGAAAGAACGGGGAUAAAGGAAUUUGGAGAAAGAGAUGAAUUUCUUUUAUUAACUUGCCUGAUUUUUUUGAUUCUUUG